AUGUCUAAUGCUAAUACUAAAGUAGUCUAUGAUAAGCUUGUUGAUUUGACUAUUAUUGAUGAAAAUCUUAAUAAUAGAUUUAAAGACUACUGCAAUAACAAAAGUAGCAAUGAAUCUCAUUAUAAUAAUAAUUCUCCCUAA